UUGUUAGGGUCUUCAAGAAGUCGAGUCCCAACUGCAAGGUCCUCCUGGACCCACGCACACACAUAUACCCGACUGGUGUUCAGAAGUGCGAAAAGAUAUUAGGGAGCAGUUAAAAAGCCUCAAGAUUGGCUAGUCCGGCAAAGCCCACCACUCUCCUCUUCCAACCCCACUGGGAGGAAACCAGGAGAAACUCCUUCAGAUACCCCAGCCUGGGAAGACCAGGGUCAGGGCAGCCACUUCUGAGGUCUCUGAAGCCCUGCCACCCGCCUACCCAAUCUUCCCUGUGACCCCUCUGCAUCCUCAGCUCACCGUGUACCUGGGCAAGCGGGACUUUGUAGAUCACCUGGACAAAGUGGAUCCUGUAGAUGGCGUGGUGCUAGUGGACCCUGACUACUUGAAGGACCGCAAAGUGUUUGUGACCCUCACCUGUGCCUUCCGCUAUGGCCGCGAAGACCUGGAUGUGCUGGGCCUGUCCUUCCGCAAGGACCUGUUCAUCGCCAACUACCAGGCCUUCCCCCCAACGCCCAACCCGCCCCGGCCCCCCACCCGCCUGCAGGACCGGCUGCUGAGGAAGCUGGGCAAGCAUGCCCACCCCUUUUUUUUCACAAUACCCCAGAACCUGCCCUGCUCCGUCACCCUGCAACCAGGCCCAGAGGACACAGGGAAGGCCUGUGGGGUAGACUUUGAGAUUCGAGCCUUCUGUGCCAAAUCACUAGAAGAGAAAAGCCACAAAAGGAACUCCGUGCGUCUGGUGAUCCGAAAGGUGCAGUUUGCCCCAGAGAAACCCGGCCCCCAGCCUUCGGCUGAAACCACACGCCACUUCCUCAUGUCUGACCGGUCCCUCCACCUUGAGGCUUCCCUGGACAAGGAGCUGUACUACCAUGGGGAGCCCCUCAAUGUCAAUGUCCACGUCACCAACAACUCCACCAAGACUGUCAAGAAGAUCAAAGUCUCUGUGAGACAGUACGCCGACAUCUGCCUCUUCAGCACCGCCCAGUACAAAUGUCCUGUGGCUCAGAUCGAACAAGAUGACCAGGUGUCGCCCAGUUCCACGUUCUGUAAGGUGUACACCAUAACCCCCCUGCUCAGCAACAACCGGGAGAAGCGCGGUCUCGCCCUGGACGGGAAGCUCAAGCACGAGGACACCAACCUGGCAUCCAGCACCAUCGUUAAGGAGGGUGCCAACAAGGAGGUGCUGGGAAUCCUGGUGUCCUACAGGGUCAAGGUGAAGCUGGUGGUGUCUCGAGGCGGGGAUGUCUCCGUGGAACUGCCUUUUGUUCUUAUGCACCCCAAACCCCAUGACCACAUCACCCUCCCCAGACCCCAGUCAGCUGCUCCUGAAACAGAUGCCCCUGUGGACACCAACCUCAUUGAAUUUGAUACCAACUAUGCCACAGAUGACGACAUCGUGUUUGAGGACUUUGCCCGGCUUCGGCUGAAGGGGAUGAAGGACGAGGACUACGACGACCAGUUCUGCUAGGAAACGGGGCUGGAAGAAGGGCGUGGAUGGUGCUGGGAGACAUAGGGGCAGGACCAAGACCCCCACUGUCACCGGGGGGGAUCCCAGCCUCUCUUCCUUUCCCCUCCACCCAGCGGCUUCCUCAACCAACCCCUCACCUCCCUCCCUCCCUCCCCUAUCCCCCACCAGAUACACACUGGACCCAUCUCUUGUGGAUCGUGGGCAUUAAUUUUUUGACUACGGCUGUGCUUCCCCAGCCCCCAGUGGGUGGCAAGCUGGGUUUGUACCUAAAUGUUUUGGAGGGGGACACUGAAGAGGACAGUAGGGAAAGGGCGGGGGGAAGAGCUCCCACGUUCAACCUCACACCAACACCCCCUCCUGUCACUAUCUCUGCCUCCCAUUCCUUCAGGAUGAGACCCUUUGGGGGGCAAGGCCGGUUCUUUGCUUCUGAGCAUAAAGAAGAAAAUAAACCUUUUAAUAGGCA